CCCGUAUUUGAAGGUUAAAGGCAGUCUGUGCCCAUCAUAACGCUAAACAAGCUACUGUUGCUAGCGUAUCAGUCUAUUGUCUUUCUUUUAAUUUACACAGAGAUAAACAUAGUACUAUGUCGAUAUUUGCUGAAGUCCCGGAGGCUGCCCCUGUCGCAGUAUUUAAGCUGACAGCAGAUUUCCGUGAAGAUCAAAAUCCAAACAAGGUGAAUCUAGGAGUCGGAGCAUACAGGACAGAUGAAUGUCAGCCAUGGGUUCUGCCUGUGGUGAGAAAAGUGGAGAAGAUGAUCGCUGAGGAUCAAAGUUUGAACCAUGAAUACCUACCCAUCCUGGGCCUGCCAGAGUUUCGUUCCAGUGCAUCUAAGAUUGCUCUGGGUGAUGACAGUCCUGCUAUCAAGGAGAACCGGGUUGGAGCUGUACAGUGUUUAGGUGGUACUGGCGCUCUUAAGAUUGGAGCAGAGUUUCUUCGUCGGUGGUAUAAUGGAACCGACAACACAAAAACUCCAGUUUAUGUGUCUGCACCAACAUGGGAGAACCACAAUGCUGUUUUUUCUAACGCUGGAUUUGAGGAUAUCCGGCCAUACAAAUAUUGGGACGCAGAGAAGCGUGGACUCGAUCUGGCAGGUUUUCUGGGUGACAUGGAGAGUGCACCUGAUCACUCCAUCUUUGUGUUGCAUGCUUGUGCUCACAACCCCACCGGUACAGACCCCACCCAGGACCAAUGGAAGCAGAUCGCUGAGAUCAUGAAGCGGAAGAAUCUGUUUGCCUUCUUUGAUUCAGCCUAUCAGGGUUUUGCCUCAGGAAAUUUAGAUAAGGAUGCUUGGUCUGUUCGCUACUUUGUGUCCCAGGGUUUCGAAUUGUUCUGUGCUCAGUCCUUCUCCAAGAACUUUGGCCUGUACAAUGAGAGAGUUGGGAACCUGACUGUUGUAGGCAGAGACCAAGAGAAUGUAAACCGUGUCCUGUCUCAAAUGGAGAAGAUCGUUCGAAUCACAUGGUCCAAUCCUCCGUCCCAGGGUGCACGCCUGGUUGCCAUCACACUCAACAGCCCUGAGCUCUUUGCUGAAUGGAAGGACAACGUAAAGACCAUGGCAGAGAGGGUCCUGUUGAUGCGUGCUCAGCUGAAGGAAAAACUAAAAGCCCUGGGAACUCCAGGAACCUGGGAGCACAUCACUGAACAGAUCGGCAUGUUCAGCUUCACAGGACUCAACCCUAAGCAGGUGGAGUAUAUGGUCAAGGAAAAGCACGUUUAUCUAAUGGCGAGCGGUCGUAUCAACAUGUGCGGCCUUACAUCCAAGAACAUCGACUAUGUGGCUGAGUCCAUUCAUGAGGCUGUCACUAAAGUCCAAUAAGCACCUGUUUCACACUUCCUGUGUGUGUGUUUCCGCAGGAACAUAGUCGCACAACCAACACACACACACACACACACAUCGCCUAAUACACACCUUCACUCACCAGCUUUUGCUGGUCUAAUUUAAUGAGUAGAAGUUGUACAUUGUUUCAACCCCUUUAAUCAAAAAGCAAUGAAACGGUAAAUAUACAGUAUAUACAGUCUUGUCAUUUUCCCUUCGCCUUGUUCCUGUGUUUAAAAGGGAGUACAUUUAAAUAUUCUCGUAAGUGUUCAUUUCAAUCUUGUUUGUAUAAAUAAGCACUUUGUGGUGGUAUUGUGGUAUUUAGGGAAUUUCCAGUCAGUUGAAUGACUUUCUUUGGAUUUCUGUAACCUAAAGGUCCAUUGUAACUGGUUUUAAGAUCAUCCGUUAUACCUUAAAUUAAUUUCAGGUAGGUUUGUAUAACUGAAUUAGUUAUAUGGACAACCCUUAGCCCUGUCUUAACUCAUCAUAUUUAUUGUCAUGUCUCCAAAGAUUGAAUUGUAUUGAGUGCAUCACUGAAGGAUGAGGUGUGUGUUUUGUGGUGAAUGUUUCCAUAUGCACUGUUUAAACUGAAUAACAUGCUUACAAAGAUGACUUAAAUAGAACUUGAAUGUCCAGGGGCAUUAGACUGUGUUUCACUGAUAAUUCCAGUGUGAUGUACUUGUCAUCUGAUGCUCAUACCUCAAAUUAAAUGCUUUGAAGUAACAUUUUACCCUGAAAUCAUAUUUUUCCUUUAGAGUCACUGUCACACAUUUUCUCAUUAUAUAUCAUGCUACUUAAUAUUGCUCCAGGACAUCAACAAAGUGUUCAAAGACAGUUGUCUCAUUAAGUUGAUUGCAUAAAAAUGAGAGAAAGAGAAUAUUCAAGCAGUGUUUGAAAAGCCAUUUCAUCUUUGGAAGCUGAUUUGGUCAAUUAAGUGCUUUUGGGGUUAAAAUAUUCCUUCAGUCUUUUUAUCUUUUAUGACGUUUGUGCUGGAAACUCUGGUUUAUGAAGACCCUAGGCAUUGUUUGCACUUUAUGUUUGUGUCUACUUUCAAAUCUGGCUUUUUAAUCUGCUGAUUCUGGUCCAGCACUUUCACUUCUGGAUUCAUAUGCUCAAGCUCAUUUCUGCAUUGCCGUGCUGUUUAUUGAAAGUUCAGCCAUUAGACCCAAAUACAGUUCACUCUGCCACAGCCUCAAAAGAGUCUCAUAAGAUCAAUCCUAUAUGAUCACGAAUUUCUGUGUACACAAAUCAAAAUGCAUUGGAAUAAAACAAAAG